AUGACCUCCGGGUGGUACAAAGUCAACCUCUUCCGUAGAAGCAGGCACCUAACCUUUAAUAAUUUGUUCGACGGUCUUAUCGGAAAAAUCUCCAUGUGUGGCGUGAUAAGGAAUCCUAGAAAAGACCGAUUGCGACUCCCUCCACGGUCCCACGAAGAUCUCUACGCACGGCCCGCCCGUCUGCUGCUAGGUCCGGGAAUGGCGCCAGGCGAGGUCGCCGCUAUGCCCCAACAUGAAUUGAAUGGUCCUUCGACCGAAAAUGAUUCCGACGGCCUAAAUAGAUUGAAUGAGACCGGACCACUAUUAUGGAGAAAAAAGCCCUGCCCUUUUCCUUCGCUACUAGGAAAACUCCUUCUCAACUACGAAAAAGAUCGAGAGGCCCACGGAGCGAAAGCUCCGCGGGGCCAAUUUCUCUGCUUAGUGUGCCCCCCUUUCUUCGAGUGCCCCGCCCGGUUCACUGGGCUGUUGGCCUACCAAGCACUUGCCCGCUGCCCCUUAGCCCGCCAAGCUAAGGAGCGCUCGUUAUCCUUACUUUGCUCCCUCUAUUGA